CGCGGCGACAAUCAUCAUCGUGCCGCUUCGGCGAUCGUUACGAUCGGUUUUUCCUGAGUCGCCCUCGCUGCUGGCAGCGCAAGGACUCGAGAGAAAUCUCGCGCGGCGCGCGACACUACCUGCCUUUCUACACGCGCUUGGUGUGUGUGUGCUCUGUGUGUUUAUGUCGAUGCGGACCGGCCGGCCGGCGCGUUACGACACGUAUCUGUAUCGCGAUCUGUUCUGUCCUUUUCUCGUUAUCCACGCACAAUUCGCCUGCGAGUCAUUUGCGUAUCGGAAGGACAGACAAAGAGAAAGAGGGAGGGAGAGAGAGACGCGCACGCUCGUGUCUCACAGCAAACUUCGUAGUACAUUACGUAUUAUAGAUAUACACACGCGCACGCCUUAACCCCCUCGCCGACCAGCUGACACACUCUCUCUCUCUCCCUCUCUCCUCUCCGUCGCCGUCUCUCUUCUCCCGGAACUGACACUUUGGAACUGCCGCCGGCGACGCAUUGCGCCGACGAUGUAUUGGCCGGUCGCGCGUCGCCAGCGAGCCGCGCUCCGUCGAAAGGGGUGAAAAGGAUCGAGGAUCGUCGCCGUGCGAGGAGGCAGCGAAGAACGCGGAGAAGGAACGCACGCGCUGGACGAACAGUUGGGCACGAGCGCGAUCAAGAAGGUAAAUACGCAUUGGAAGGUGGCAGCGAGAGGGGUGGUGAAGGUCACGGAGUUGAAUCUAAGGGUGGCAUCAUGGACUCUGAUCAGCAACAGUUCUGCCUCAAGUGGAACAGUUUCGGCACGAAUCUAUUAACGGCAUCCUUGAACUUAUUCAAAAACGAGAGUCUUACCGAUGUCACCCUGUUCUGCGAGGGAGUUACGUUCAAAGCACACAGAUUAAUCCUCGCAGCAUGCAGCAAGCAUUUUCAAGAGCUCUUUGAAGGAAUGCCGCCUUCUCCCGCGGGACUGAUCGUUAUUCUCGACGGGACGAGCGCCCACGAUAUGGAGUCCCUACUCGAAUUCAUGUACCGUGGAGAAGUACAUGUGUCCCAGGAAUCCCUUACCUCCUUCUUCAAGGCAGCUGAAUGCCUACAAGUUAAGGGUCUCUCGAUCGAGCAAGAGAAGUUGGCGGUAGCGCACACGCACGCUACGGAAAACAACAAUGCCUCCGCAGACGUAGGAGGUGGCAGCGGAAGCGAAAGUGGCGGAGGAGGUGGCGGCGGCGGUGGCGGAGGAGGUGGCGGAGGAGGUGGAAGUGGUGGAGGAGGAGGAGGUGGUGGUAGCGCCGGUGGUAACGUCGGGGGUAACGUCACCAGUGGCGUCGAUAGUGCUAUCGGCGCUGGAAGAAUCGGCAAUGGGGGUAGCGGACGCGGCAGCGGCGGCGUCGGUGAAGUGAGCGACUUGAGCGAGGCGGGCGAGGCCACGAUGGUCAGAAACAUCAUGAAGAGGACCCCGACGCCGGCACCGUCGCCCGCUCCGGCGCACACCGUGCCCAAUGUGUAUUCUACCUCGCACUACUAUGAAAACCCGCUGAAAAAGCUGAAGAGAUCGCCGAACAACGUCGAUAUGCUGGGAAGAGCGAGCGUGUUACGCGACGGCGCCGACUUCCGGCCCAAAUCCGCUCCGGACACGCUCUUGCUGGAGAACCACUUCUACACACCGUAUCCCUUUUCCUCCGAGGCGCCCGCGCAUCCACACACCGCGCCCCACACGCCCACGGAAUUGGAACAAGAGCUUGAACGAGCGCAAUUCGAGGAACGCAACAACUGUGAUCACAGAGAGAGCGUUGCCGAAGAUCUCCGGAUAAAGCAAGAGCCGGUGGCGAUGAGCGAUCAAGAGAGGGCGGACAAUUUAGCGAAGAGAUUAUCCGGUGAGGCUUACACCGGACGGGGAGGAUACAGCAGCUCGUACAGCCAGAACUCAGACCAACUGUCGCAAGGAAGUCCGCAGCUGGGUGCGGCGGUGGUUACGAUGCCUCCGACUCAUCCACCGACUCCCGAUCUUAGUCCCGCGCCCACCACUACCGCUGUCUGGAACACGAGGCUCAACAGGGCUGGCACUGUCUCCACUCCCGAAGGUAAGAAGCUGAAGUGUCCCUACUGCGAAAGACUAUACGGCUACGAGACGAACCUGCGAGCCCACAUACGGCAACGUCACCAGGGCAUCAGGGUGCAUUGUCCGCAUUGUGCACGCACGUUCACCAGGAACAACACGGUUAGACGGCAUAUUGCGCGAGAGCACAAAGACGUGGCCUUCGAACUGAAGGCAGUAUUCCAGCAGUCCAAUCAUUCGCUCUCGGACAUUGUGCCGCAGUAACAACGUCUUCGGCGUCGCUGUCGUCCUCGUCGCCACCAGAGCCGUCGGCCCGCGCGUGGUACCAAUCACUAACCGGCCACCAGCAACCCUGUGUGACCAGCUGUCGGGACUACCCGCGGGACCACCGGCUCACGGAUAGUGCGAACGAGACGACACGUGAGGAGAGGCUGCAGUAGGUACCUUCGUUUUCCCUUCGUCGUCGUCAGCGAACACCGUCCCGGUCCCUCGUCGCGAGGACGACUCUCUCCGUGCGCUCCCGUCGAAAUGUCGCGUCACGAGGGAAGACGUUUGCCGAGAGAAACGGACGAAAUGAUUAGGGUUAGAUUGUAGAGAAGAGAAAAAGGCGCAAGAGAAAUAGAGAGAAAGAAAGAGAGAGAUAUAGAUAGGUAGAAAGAGAGAGAAAGAGAGCGCGCGGUAUACAAUGCGCACAGAGCAGCGCCUCGGAUACGCUCGCGAAAACGCUACGAACCACAAAACUAGUCAAUGAAAGUGCAACGGUCAAGUAAGGUUUAUUAACUAGAGCUUUUUAACGGGCGAGAGAGAGAGAGAGAGAGAGAGAGAGAGGAGAGAAAGAGAGAGAACGAGUGAAGAUAAAGCGGAGAGCGAGUACAUGCGUCAACACAGUCAUGUAGCGCAGAUCGGCGUCGGGCAGGAACGCGUUCGCCAGUACGAGCAGAGAUUUCAAAAGUGCGUUCGCAAACGCGUGACUUUAAACGCGUAUGUGGAGUGUACGAGACGUAUACGCUCAAAUUCCGUCUUAGAGACGAUCAAUAACAUUCGCGACGGAAUGCCGUUCGCGAUUCCGCUUCGGGUUCCUGCGCAGGUCGCGUCCGAAUACGCACACACGAUAGAUCGAUAUCUCGUUUGCGGACGCAUGUAUAUUCGCGCGAGUACGUUCCGUACGACGCGAGGCGCACUGCGCGACGAGAGAACAAUGCAAACUCAGGUAAACUAACGUGGCACCAACAGCCAGAGCGCUGACUUUUUGAUAUAGUUCAACAUUACAUUUUACCAUAGAUCGACCUUUACUCGUCGUCGCGUUUAAACAGUUAACGCCGUUAACCGAUACGUCUUUCUGGUACUACUGCGCUAUUACUACUAUUACUACUACUACUACUACUACUACUACUAUCGCUGUUGAGAAGUCGAGCCUAGGAUCGUGUGACACUUGGGUAAUAUCUAUCCAACGUUACACCACGCGCCCACAGUGCCAAACCAGACGCUUUCCCUUUUUUUUUUUCUACUCUAGAUAGUCUCUAUUACUCAUACUCACAUAUAAACACACAUACACACACGCACGUUCAAAGAAACAGACAUGACGAUGGCAACUAUAAAGUGGUUUAUACGAUUUUUGCGUAGAAUUAAAAUGUAUAUAGUCCAAUAAAUUAUUUUAUAGUUGUUGCAACUGAAGCUUCAGUUGCAACACAACUACAAAACAUUUUGUUAAAUUAUAUACAUUAUAAUUCUGCAUACAAAACUCUCGUAUAGUUCACUACAAAACCAAGCGUGUUAUUCUGGCUGAAUUUCUUCUUAUACGUUUCUCACUGUUUCAAGUCACAUCAUCUUGACAUGUUCAAAUGUACUAAAUUCCAAUUUACACGUCUUGAGCGUGUGUUAAAUGACGUGAUUGAGAACCGCAAGGAACGUGCGAAAAGAGCUUCAGUUGAAUUGCACGCUUAUGCGUUUAAGAGUGACAGUACUUGGAUUUGCACAGUCACUUGUCACUUUGUAGUCACCACAUUGCCAUGUUGUCCUCUGAGCGCCCACUACUACAGACAGAAUCGAGAUUUCGUUUUCGCCUUCUCCUAUACGCGUGUGAUAUAAACACACUCUUCGCCGACGUUAACGAUAAUAAUAAUCGCGGUGACACAUAUCCAAAGUCGCGCCGAGACGACACCCCGACGACACACUCACACCUUUUGUACAGAUACGAUUUUAUAGGACGUUUAUGAGAUUACUGCGAUUCUAGGGCGGACGACUGUCGUACGAUUAGCCGCGGGAGUGCGCGCGACUGCACGCCGACACUUCUUGGCGAAUGCGAGAGCACGAGCACGCGGGUGGAAACGUCGGCCGAGCAAUAAAUCGCCGAUAAUCGCCGCUUGUUAAACACUUUCACACCGACGUCGAUCUUCCCGCCUCGGCCCCGCGGACGAGAGCGACGAGAGCGCGCCGUUCGCUUCUCUCUCUUAUUUCGCCACGCAUUCGCCACGGAAGUCUCCCAGCAGCGGCGUCCUCGCGGCAAAACGAUCACUACCACUUUGUUACCUGUUUACAAUGUUUAAAUGCGGACUUUUGUCCGGAGCAAUAGUCGCGUACCGAGAUAAUAGAGUAUAGCCAUCGAUCACACGUGAGAAACAGUGGGCGCAGUUGCGCGAAAUAGUUGCUAUCCCGGUUGUAUAAGAUGUGAUCAAUGCAAUAGAUUUUAUUACACAUUACCUAUAUAUAGAUAUAUAUAUAGAGAGAGAUAUACUCCUAGUCAGGAUGGCACCCACGAUAUUACUUGUUGCAGUAUUUACACUCUUUAUACAGAUUAUCCUCUCUUAUUUCCGUUUACUCUUGUU